CGCAGGCGGUGGCGGAGAGACGCCGAGCGGGCCGAGUGCGGCCGAGCAAAGCCGGAGCCGGAGCCGGAGCGGGGCCGCAGGGAGCCGGGCCGGGUCUGGACCGGCCGAGAUGCCCUAUAAACUAAAGAAGGAGAAGCAGGAGCCCCCCAAGCUUGCCAAAGGUACGGCCAAGCCCAGCAGCUCCAGCAGCUCCAGCAAGGAUGGUGGAGGAGAGAAUGCUGAGGAGGCCCAGCCCCAGCAGCAGCCCCAGCCACAGUCCCAGCCACCAUCAUCCAACAAGCGCCCCAGCAACAGCACACCACCCCCAACACAGCUCAGCAAAAUCAAGUACUCAGGGGGUCCCCAGAUUGUCAAGAAGGAGCGACGACAGAGCUCCUCCCGCUUCAACCUCAGCAAGAACCGGGAGCUACAGAAGCUUCCUGCUUUGAAAGAUUCACCAACCCAGGAGCGGGAGGAGCUGUUUAUCCAGAAGCUGCGCCAGUGCUGUGUCCUCUUUGACUUUGUAUCGGACCCUCUCAGUGACCUCAAGUUCAAAGAGGUGAAGCGGGCAGGACUCAAUGAGAUGGUGGAAUACAUCACCCACAGCCGUGAUGUUGUCACUGAGGCCAUCUACCCCGAGGCUGUCACCAUGUUUUCAGUGAACCUCUUCCGGACGCUGCCACCUUCAUCGAAUCCCACAGGGGCCGAGUUUGACCCUGAGGAAGAUGAGCCCACCUUGGAGGCGGCCUGGCCACACCUGCAGCUCGUCUAUGAGUUUUUCUUACGCUUCCUGGAGUCUCCAGAUUUUCAGCCAAACAUAGCCAAGAAGUAUAUCGACCAGAAGUUUGUACUUGCUCUCCUGGACCUCUUUGAUAGUGAGGACCCCCGAGAACGGGAUUUUCUCAAGACCAUUUUACAUCGCAUCUAUGGCAAGUUUUUGGGGCUCCGGGCUUAUAUUCGUAGACAGAUCAACCACAUCUUCUACAGGUUCAUCUAUGAGACAGAACAUCACAAUGGGAUUGCUGAGCUCUUGGAGAUCCUGGGCAGCAUCAUCAAUGGCUUUGCCUUGCCCCUUAAGGAAGAGCACAAGAUGUUUCUCAUCCGUGUCCUGCUUCCUCUGCACAAGGUCAAGUCUCUGAGUGUGUACCACCCUCAGUUGGCGUACUGUGUGGUACAGUUUCUGGAGAAGGAGAGCAGUCUCACUGAGCCGGUGAUUGUAGGACUUCUCAAGUUUUGGCCCAAGACCCAUAGUCCCAAGGAGGUGAUGUUCUUGAACGAGCUCGAGGAGAUCCUGGAUGUCAUUGAGCCAUCUGAGUUCAGCAAAGUGAUGGAACCCCUCUUCCGCCAGCUUGCCAAAUGUGUCUCCAGCCCCCAUUUCCAGGUGGCCGAGCGUGCCCUCUACUACUGGAACAAUGAGUACAUCAUGAGCCUGAUAAGUGACAAUGCUGCUCGAGUCCUUCCCAUCAUGUUCCCUGCACUCUACAGGAACUCCAAGAGCCACUGGAACAAGACAAUCCACGGACUUAUCUACAACGCCCUGAAGCUGUUUAUGGAAAUGAACCAGAAGCUGUUUGAUGACUGUACACAACAAUAUAAGGCAGAGAAGCAGAAGGGACGGUUCCGAAUGAAGGAAAGAGAAGAGAUGUGGCAAAAAAUCGAGGAGUUGGCCCGGCUUAAUCCUCAGUAUCCUAUGUUCCGAGCUCCUCCACCGCUGCCCCCCGUGUACUCCAUGGAGACGGAGACCCCCACAGCAGAGGACAUUCAGCUUCUGAAGCGGACGAUGGAGACAGAGGCUGUGCAGAUACUAAAGGACAUCAAGAAGGACAAGGUGCUGCUUCGGAGGAAGUCAGAGCUGCCCCAGGAUGUCUACACCAUCAAGGCCCUGGAGGCGCACAAGCGGGCAGAAGAGUUCCUAACUGCCAGCCAGGAAGCUCUCUGACCCCCUCACCUUCCCACAGGGCCACAGCCCACUCAGCCCUGGGACACGCCCUGCCCUCCACCCUCUGCUCCCUACUGGCUGACUUGGGGCAAGGCAGCACCUCUCUAGCUACUCUAGAGGAUGCAGGCAUUAGAAGCAGGGACGCCGAGUGGUUCCUCUUCUCCCCAAACAUGUGUUCACGCCUCCCUGUGGCUAGUACAGACAGGCUCAGCACUGAGUGUUCAGGGCUGAGAUGACCCAGGGAUACCUGUCCCCUCCUGCUCCUGACCCCACAGCUACCUGAGGCUGCUCCAAGAAAUAUACACACAGGAGCCAUGGGCUCUUCUCCCCUUCAUCCUCAAAUGAACUCUAGCUCUCUCUCCCCUCUCCACGCAGAGGGGAGCAGCAGGAGACUAUUCUCACCAAAGUUACGACAAGCUCCAUUGUCCCCAGGAGUGAGUAGCUGGAGGGGAGCCGAUCCCCACAGCACAAAUAGGCCCCCCAGCCCCAGCAGUGCGCAGGCUGAGGGGCCAGCGUUACUUCCUCUUACCCACUGCCUGACCAAGACCACACACAACAGAGGUUAAAAGGAAAAAAGUAUAGACUCCGGACACUAGCUGAUGAAUAUAAGGCCCAGUGGACCAAGGCAGGGAUGAACAGCCUACCUACCCGGUGUCCCCUGGGUGAGCAGCAGCCUGGGGACUGCAAACAUGGAAGGGACCACCCUGCGGCUGACUGCUUUCCUAUGCUGUUGGUUGCCAACAUUAUAAAGGAAUCAGGGAGCAGUGCUCCAAGCAUGGCUCCCCAAUACCUAUUUAUUUCCUUGUUUGUGCUGAUGCUGGCUCAGCCCUUACCUGUCCCCUCUAGGCACCUCAGAGAGGCAAGGGGAUGGGGAGGGUCGUACCAGGCUCCAGGGGCACAGGCAGUGCGGCUUCUGGCUGUGUACAUAGGGUGCUUUAUUCUCCAUAGAGUGAUUGAUACAUGCUAAUGUGCGUUGGGCUUGGGCCGAUGUCCCCAUAUGUACAGAACUGAAUAAAGUGGGUCUCUGAGAAA